AUGAAUUUAUCACUUGAUACAAUUUUAACAAAUGCACGUGAACUUGUUUCUCGUUUACGUCGUGAUGAUGCCACAGCUGAUACAGCUGUAAAUCAAGCACAAUAUGUUCAAGAAAGAAUUCUUAGUAUGAAACAGUAUGGUGAUGAUCUUGCUGAAUUGAAUGAUAUUAGUUUACAUCGUCCAAAAACAGAUAUACUUUAUAAUAUUCAAAAAGAAAAUCGUCUAAUUAAACAAUUACAAAAAGAGAAUGAAGAACUUAAACAAUUAGUAACUGAACAUCGAAGUGUAUUAGAAAAAAUAAUGUAUAAAUAUCGACAACAUAUACAACAAUUAAAAUUAAUGGAAGAAAAAGAAAAAAUAGCUGUUCAAUUAUUUAAUGCUGGAUUAGCACAAGAAGUUCAAGAAAAAACAUCAAAAAUUCAAGAAAUGGCAUUAAUUAUGCAACGUGCAAUUGAUAUUGAUGAUACAAAUAAUGCAGCACAAGAAGAACGAAUAAAUGCACUUUUACUUGAAAAUCGAGGUUUAAAAGAAAUUCUUGCUGUACAUGAAAAUAUGCAUAAACAUAAAUCCAUAACAACAACUUUACCAGAGUCUACUACUAUUGAAUCUUCAGUUGUUCAAUCAAAUUCUCCUUCUAUUACAUCGGAAAUAAAAACUACAUAUUCAUAUCAAGAAACAUCAUCUUCAUAA